UCCACGACUACCUACGUCAGGAUUCUGGGGAUGAACACCAACGGAUGAAUCAUCUCUAGAUGAGGUGACCAGCCCAAAUCCCAGCACUUACUUCACUCAAACACGGCGCUCCACAGCACUUGCUCGUUUCGAAUAUUCUCUAUCACCAUCCCACAGCUGCCUGACCCAAUCGAGCGUGGCCUGGAGUUGAAGUUAGUUAAAGAGAUGGCAUUCCCCACCUCGGACGAUAAAAAUGGCUUCGACCAAGAAGCUGUUGGCCUUCCGGACUACCAGAUCCCGCCUCCCGACCUCACGCUUCUGCAACGUCUCACAUUUCGCAGACCGGAGCGAUAUACCGACAACAUGAAGAAAAUGCUCGGCGCCGUCGCUGGGGGCAUCGGCCGCCAGCCCACCCAGGAAGAAGUGAACGUCCUCUGCCACAUCGCCUACAAGGAAGCGCAGACCGUUGCCUGGGUAGUUCCCUUGAGCGCGGUGCUGGGCGCUACUCUGACGUGGAUCGGCCGCCGUACCUACCGCUUCCCGUUCUUCCAGCCCAAGUUUGUCAAGUUCAACCCCGAUUUGUUUCCUACCGCGAAGGCGCCAUUUGUGCAAGGCCGUUUGGCGAACCGGCUGUGGCACAACACGAGGUUCGUGGCCUACUUCGCCCUUUCCAGUAUACUGAUUGCCCCUUUCAUGGGCUCGUAUGCGACCGCGGUGGCCAUGGCUACCGCUCAGCGCGAUGAGCGUCUCGCUCAGUUCCGCAAGGACAUGAAGCCGGAGAGGUUAGUCUUGACCACCGCUGCCAAGUUGCCGCCCAUCGAACUCGACCGGCAACGACAGCGGACAGUGUCUGCCAUACAAGCGCUCGAGAGAGAACUGGCCAAGUUCCCCACGGAAGAUCAAGUGGCCCUGAAAGCCGGGUCCGAAAACGCCGACAAGGAGGUCCAGGGACUUCAGCAGACUAUUGCCUUGUUGCAGGGCAAAAUUGCAGAGUACCGCAGGAUCUUGGAUCACCUUGAUGAACUCAUCGAGAAGAGGAGAAAAGGCGGCGUCAAUGAUGCUUCAGCACAGAACCAGGACUACGAGACUCUCAGUGGAUCGGGUUUCGCCGAUGGCUACACCCUACCCAAUCAGUUGAACAAUGUUCCUCCUUUAGACUCGUCUAGAGAUCCGGAGGAACGACGCGGAUGGGGUUCAAAGAACUCGACCUUCCGACAAAAUAGAAGUGCAUCCGACGACCCGGAUUUUGACGACGCAUCGCCUAGUGCGCCUAGUUCACCAAACACCGGGCUCCAGUCAUCGACUCAGUCAUCGAAAACUGGCUCGGCGUGGGAUCGCCUACGCCAGGCUUCAAGACAACCCCCGCGGGCACCUGGUGGUUCCCAGAACCAGCAGAGCGAGUCUGAUGCGUACUACGCUUAUGAUGCCGUCGACAAGGAGAAAACCGCAGAGAAGGACAAGGCGCAAGCCGAAUUCGAUGCGAUGAUCGAGAGGGAGAGGAAGGGUGACGCAGGGCGAGGCAAUGAGCGGAAUAGUCGCUGGUGAUGCGUACUACUACUUUACCCGGGCUAGGUGUUGGUGCUAGAUGAUCUCAAACUGGUUCUUAUUUGUCUUGUGUAUUCCUCGUCUACCUUUCGUUUCCAACUCAGUACUGUGCCAAACGUCGCUUGCUGCAUACUUCCGGACACACGAAAUGCUAUUUGGGUAUCCUUCCCGAAACCAUGGCCAGCUUGGUUCUUCCACCAUUCUCUUAAGCUCUUUCUAUCUCUCGUGAAAAUGAUUGCUAUUCUACUUGGUGAAUGUAACUCAC